AUGUUAUUCAACAACAGCGUAACCCAAUACGAUUCGCUGGAUAGCCGCAUAAGCAUCAAUUCGUCAGUGCCAAUUUCAGUUGCACAACACGAUUACAUGCCAAACGGUGUUGGCGAUAGCUUCACAGUGUUACCGGUCGCAGCAGCAGGUACUAGAUAUUCAUUAGCGCUGCCGAAUGCUGGAGCGGGUGGCGUUGGCACUGUGUACGUCAUUGGUCUUAAAGAAAAUGCGUUACUCAAUGUGUAUAUGUACAAAGAUAAUGGUGAAAUCGAAACUCAUUAUGAUAGAGUCGUGAGUUUUCAUGCGUUUUUGCACAUUUUUGCAAAUACAACCCAGGCUGCAACGCACUGGGCUUGCCGAUUCGAUCAUGCGUUUUUGCAUUGUACUUGA